CGGAAUAAGGGCGGGGCUCAGAUCAUCGGCUUGUGAAAGAUGUCGGAGAGGAAAGUAUUGAAUAAAUACUACCCACCGGACUUUGAUCCGUCAAAAAUCCCAAAACUCAAACUUCCCAAAGAUCGACAGUAUGUGGUCCGAUUAAUGGCUCCUUUCAACAUGAGAUGCAAGACAUGUGGAGAGUACAUAUACAAAGGCAAGAAGUUCAAUGCACGAAAGGAAACUGUACAGAAUGAGGUCUACCUGGGUCUCCCCAUCUUCCGUUUCUACAUCAAAUGUACCAGGUGUCUGGCAGAAAUCACAUUUAAAACAGACCCUGAGAACACAGACUACGUGAUGGAGCACGGAGCGACACGAAACUUCCAAGCAGAGAAGCUGCUAGAGGAGCAGGAGAAGCAAAUGCAGAAAGAACGGGAGGAUGAAGAGCUGAACAAUCCGAUGAAGGUUUUAGAGAACAGGACUAAAGACUCCAAAAUGGAAAUGGAGGUGUUGGAAAACCUGCAGGAGCUGAAGGAGUUGAACCAGCGACAGGCUAACGUGGACUUUGAGAGCAUGUUACUGGAGUAUCAGAAAUACGAGAAAGACCUGAAACGACAGCAGGAGGAGGAGGAUGAGCGAGAAAUGAAGACAAUGCUGGAAAGUGCCCAGGUGAAGAGAAUUCUAGAUGAUUCGGACUCUGAUGAGGAGCUCCCUAAACCUCGUAAGCUGAAUUCCCAAGUCCCUCAGAGGCCGACAGAUAUUCUCAAUGAGAAUACUGAUCGUCAGAGUAAAAAACUGAAGGCUGAGAGUUGGGAGAGGAGUGUGGGAAAGUUCAGUGGAAAUCUUCAUCUUUCUGGGUUGGUGGUGAAGAAGCCACAGAUGAAACAAGCAGAUUUAUCCAGCCCACGGAAAGGAGGCACUUUCCAGAAAGACUGCCUGACAAGCAAUGCUUCAAUGAAAUAUCCUGAUUUAAACCACUUGACCAAUCAAGAAACCCACCAAUCACCUACUUGUAGAACUGUUUUGGGAGGAUCUGUGUGCUGCUGCUUGUUACCUCUUGCCACCACUGCCUUUCUCAUGAAGGUCUGCCCUUCUCUUUGUAGAGCUGAAACAAUGCUUCAUAUGUUAUAGCAGUGACUGGACUUCAAACGUAUUUAGUUAUUCUGCAAAGAUUUUUGAGAUGCCUUAAAAUUGGGAAAGAUGCUGUCUAAAAUACAUAUCUUCUUAAUCCGCUAUCAAAUCUUGUAAAGCUGUUUCCGCUUCAGAAAUAAAGGCUGAACAAAUGCAGGCAACAGAAGAGUUCCACUCAUGGCUUCCACUGUUGAUCCUCAGCCGCUGCCAUGCUGUGUGAUCACAGCAUCAAGAGCAAUCAGUGAUCUUGCUCACAGUGCUGUUGGGCCUGUGUACAAGGAGAAGGAUCUGAUCGUGAUGGUGCACCUCUGUUGUAAAGGGAACUUGUGCAAAUGUGGGGACGAUGACAGAUUUCAGAUGUGAUGUCCUUAUGGAAAAACUGCCAAUGACACAGGAAACGAGGUAUAAGAUGGUAUCAAGAAUCUGUGGAAAUAGAGUCAGCAGGGAUCAACAGAAGCAGGAAAACACAAAAGGGUUUAACAAUUCUGUAGUACUUGCUACAUCCUGGGAACCUGCUAUAGUGCUUCACAUUUAAUAAAUGACUUUUGAAGUCAGUAAUAUUGGUUGAAACUAAUAGGAAAUGUGCGCAUUGAGGAUUGUACGAAUAAGAGUGUUUUGUUUAAUUUUUUUUAAAGUGAUGUCGACUGAGUAAGGAAUUUAGGAUUUUCAUAUAAUGCAGGGUAGAAUAUAAUAUAAUUCAUAUAAUUUUAUGACUGUUCAAAGAGGCUACCAGGGUCACAAUGACCAUCUCUCCUCAAAAGGCAGCUCCUCCAGCAAUGCAGCACUCGGUCCAUAUUACAUUGAAAUGCCAGCCUAGGUUGUGUACUCCUGGGCUGGCUGUAUCCUGCAACUUAGUGAAUGAAUGACUGAGAAUGCUGCCACUUAAUCUAGCUGUGACUGUACUGGAACUGCCAGUCUGGGAGAGGUCCAAAAAGUUCACCCUUAAACUUGAAAAGGUGCAGAAAAGAUUUACAUGGAUGUUGCUGGGACUGGAGAGUUUGACUGUAGUGGGAUGCUGAAUAGGCUGGGGCUUUUCUC